CGCCCCUGGCGGCGGCGGGUUUGUUUAUCCCGGGGAAGAAGUUUAGGAGCGAGAGAUAGAGAAGGAGGGCGGGCCGGGGAGGAGGGAUGCGGUUCGGCGGAGGCGGCCGCCACAGGGACUCGCCGCCAUCACCCCCGCCGCCACAGCCUCGGGCUCCCGGAGCCGCCGCGGCCGCCGCCUCAGCAGCACCGGGGCCGCCGCCCGGACUGCCAGCUGCCGCCCCGGACGUCCGGACAAAGUACUCAACUGUGUAGGGUACUACAUAAAUCCUAAAAGACUGCAAUAAAGUGGCAAUGUCUCGAGAACCCACCCCACCUCUACUUGGAGAUAUGUCUACUGGUCCUAUAGCAGAAAGCUGGUGUUAUACACAGGUUAAAGUAGUAAAAUUUUCCUACAUGUGGACCAUUAAUAACUUCAGUUUUUGUCGAGAGGAAAUGGGUGAAGUGUUAAAAAGUUCAACAUUUUCAUCUGGCCCAAAUGACAAAAUGAAAUGGUGCCUGAGGGUAAACCCAAAGGGAUUAGAUGAUGAAAGUAAAGACUACUUGUCCUUAUAUUUGCUUUUAGUCAGCUGCCCCAAAAGUGAAGUUCGAGCAAAAUUCAAAUUUUCCCUUCUGAAUGCUAAAAGGGAAGAAACAAAAGCAAUGGAAAGCCAAAGAGCGUAUCGAUUUGUGCAAGGGAAGGACUGGGGUUUUAAAAAAUUCAUUAGAAGGGAUUUUUUGCUUGAUGAAGCUAAUGGUCUUUUACCAGAUGACAAGCUUACAUUAUUUUGUGAGGUGAGUGUGGUCCAAGAUUCAGUAAAUAUAUCAGGACAUACUAAUACAAAUACUUUGAAGGUGCCUGAAUGUCGACUAGCAGAAGAUUUAGGUAAUCUCUGGGAAAACACAAGAUUUACAGAUUGCAGUUUCUUUGUAAGAGGACAAGAAUUUAAAGCUCAUAAAUCUGUGCUUGCAGCUCGAUCCCCGGUUUUUAAUGCAAUGUUUGAACAUGAAAUGGAAGAAAGCAAAAAGAAUCGAGUGGAAAUAAAUGAUUUAGACCCUGAGGUAUUUAAAGAGAUGAUGAGAUUCGUUUACACAGGGAAAGCACCAAACCUUGACAAAAUGGCUGACAACUUGUUGGCAGCUGCCGACAAAUAUGCACUGGAACGGCUGAAGGUCAUGUGUGAAGAAGCUUUGUGUAGUAACCUCUCAGUAGAAAAUGUUGCUGAUACCCUUGUCCUUGCAGAUUUGCACAGUGCAGAACAGUUGAAAGCACAAGCCAUAGAUUUUAUAAAUAGGUGCAGUGUACUUCGACAACUUGGGUGUAAAGAUGGGAAAAACUGGAACAGCAACCAAGCAACUGACAUAAUGGAAACAGCAGGGUGGAAGUCCAUGAUUCAGUCUCACCCUCACUUAGUAGCAGAAGCCUUCCGAGCACUUGCAUCUGCACAGUGUCCACAGUUUGGCAUUCCACGUAAACGGCUAAAACAGUCCUGAAUCUUCCAUGAAUAGUAGAAAAAUGGAAUUGACUUUUACUCCUCCAGGUCCAGAAGGAUUGUAAUACACAAACCAUAAGCAAGAGUUGUUUCUGUUAUUUUGUCCACAGAACAGAAGCUGAAAAAGCAUAUUGCUUACAUUUCAGGUGGAUAAUUUAUGGUUUAUUCUUCAGCUUUAAAUUAGACUGAUUAAUUCACUUCAAGGCCUUAAAUUAUCUUUGAUGACUUCUCUUGUUCAUAUAAUACUUUAAUUUUGUUAUUGUGCCUUGUCAUUAUGACCAAGGCUAUGCAGGAUUGCACUAGCUCCAUAAUGCAGUAAUAUUGAUAACUGAAGAUAAUAAGUUUCAAAAGGAUCUUCCAUUAUUUUGAAAAAGAAAAAUGAAUUUUAUAGGGAUUGUCCUAUGCUAUCUCAAAGUUUAAAACGGAGGUUCUCCUUAAAAGCACUUGUUGGAGAUUACCAUUAAUGUCUCCAGUCUGAGUUUCUAUAAAUAUAGGAGAACCUGCUUACCUUCAAGGUAAAUUAUGGCAAUACACUGCUUCAAUUCUAAUUUAUUUUUCAUUUCAGGGGGCAAAUAUGCAAUGAGUUGGCCCAGAUUUUUAGUAAAAUUUGUGAUGUUUGUAUGUAUAUUAACUGUCCAACAAACUGUGGGUUUAUCCAAGUUUACAAUGAUUGGGAACUGAUUGAGGUUUAGAUUUCAUGAAGAAAGCACGUAUUAUGCGGAAGUAAUUGUUUUUUUUAAUUUAUAGUGACCUACAUUUAUAUGAAGAAUUCUGUUAAAAGUAAGGAUGACCAAAUGUAAAUUUAAUGAGUGGGCCAAUUAAGAAAGAUAUAUAUGCACUUUUAACGUGUAACUUUUGUAUGCUGAAUGGCACAUAUAUUUUUUUGCUUUUGAGGGAAUUAAUAAGGUAUAAUUAAUUAUGUCUUAACUUUUGAGAGAGUUUUUUAAGACAGAUGGAGGCAACUGGGAUGUUUGUGAUAACAGAAAAGAAAGAUAUCCUUGAUUAUAGUUAAAUUGGUUUGGAUUACAGAUAAUUCAUUAUUGAAUUUACUCCUGCUUUAUCACACUUUGGAAAAGUUACCUGAACAAUAAAUGAAUCCCGGAUAGUCUACUCUCCUUCAAACAAUGAACUGAUACCAUUUCUCUAUUGAAGAUGCAUACUAAAGGAGAGAACCCUUAGACUAUGUCAGGCCACACUAUGGACCUCCCCCCCACCUCCUUGUUUUCUCCUUUGUGUUUGAGUUGUUGUACUAACAUUGUGGAUGAUAUUGAAAUUCUGCAUAAUGUGAACAGGAUAAACUAUUUAUAAACUGCUUUUCAUGGGCCAGUUCUUUAUUAUAAAUGAAUUUUAGCUUUAAACACGUACACAUAUUCAGUGUUUGAUAGUUGUGUUUCUAAUGGAAGUCUGUUCUGGUGCAUUGUCCCAGAGAAGCAGGAGCGAUCAGUGUCAGGGUACCACGUCUGACUUACUGUGAUAGUGACAACAUGCUUCUUAGACAACAUUUGUAUUUGACCACAAGGGAAGAAAUGGUCACUGGAAAAAAAUGCAUAUGCCUAUAAGUUUGAAUGCAUAACUUUAUUCUCCAGAUUAAAAUUUUUAUAAUUUGUUUAUUUAAUUUUUGAGUUCAGGACAAAAGGAAAAAAAUGAAGCUUGAGGUUUUUGAAUAGAUGUUAUUUUUGCUAUCUCUUUUUAGGUGUUAACUGAAGCAAUUCUAAUAUAUCAAGAAUGAUUCAUAUUUACAUUGAAUGAACACUGUCAAAUAAGUGUUAUCCACAGCAAACUUUGCAGUUUGAAAAGAUCAUAUUUUCAGAUAUCUUUGUUUCUUUCUGCGUAGCUUUGAGUCACUGUUGUGGUAACUUAAAUUGAAAUUGGAAGAAUCCCUUGGGAUAGAAGAAAGAUUCUUACCUGGUAAUGGACUUCUUCCUUUGUAAAAGUGUUAUGGGAAGUAGAAAUUUGACUUCCUUAACUUCACCAUAAGAUUGAGCCUGUUAAGUUUACAAUGUACAAUUUUAAAAAUACACGUGCACACAUACAUACAUAUACACUUUUAACUUAAGAUUUUGCCAGGGUCUUACAAGAAAAUAAAAACUCCCUCAGGCUAUCGAAUUAUGUUUGUCAUCUGUCAAAAAUGAUAUACUAAUGUAUCCAUUUAUAUCAAAUGCACACCAUACCAGCACAUUGUGAAUUAAUUCACUGCUUGAAUCUAUAGUGACUUCAGUAAUACCAUAUAAUGAACAUUUCAGCUUGUUCUUACUCUAUGUUUAUUGCAGACCUUAAGAAUUUUAUUAUAAAGUUUUGUUGGUUUUUUUUUUAGUUUGGUAGCUCAUUUUGUACCAAAAAUGUCAAACACUGUGCUAUAAGAAUAUCCAUCUUUGUAGAAAUGUCCACUUUUCAGAUAAUAUAAUGCCUACCAUUAUACUAACAAAAUCAUAUGGUAGUUGAUUUAUUUUUUUAUUUAUUAUGUAUAUUUUUGGUAUUAUGGGUUCUUGAAGCAAUGAUAAAAAACUGUUAAUGUGUUCUGAUGUAAGUGCUCUAAUAGCCUUCCCCCUCCAUUUCUAAACUACAUACAUUGUUUUCAAAAUGGGCACAGAUUCUGUCCAGCCUUUUAAACUAUCAGCCCAUUCCUGUUUUCCCUUUAUCACUUAAACAGGGCUUUUCCGUAGAAAGUAGUGAAUGGUUUUAAAUAUUACGUAUUAUAAAAAUAAUCAUUGGAUAACUGUUCUUUAGACUAAGAUUUAGAAACACUCUAUUUGUGCCUUUUUUAAUUUUAAUGUGUAUUGAUAUUUGGAGCACAAAUAUGAAGGUGCCAUAAUAUGGCUUGCCAACGUUACCUCCUUGAAUAGUCAUGUGUCAUUGUCUUAAAAUUGUAAUUGGAGAACCUUGCAUGAAUUAUGUGGUCAUUUGUGGUGUGUGUGUGUGUGUGUGUGUGUGUGUGUGUAUGUGUGUGUGUACCUGUAUUCACUUGGGCUUUGUGUGUGUUAUGUUCAAAAGAGUAAAUUUUUGAAAAUAGGAACCAGUUAAAUGUUGAAAGUUCAGGUUAGUUGAAAUAUUUCAUUUAAAUGUGCUUUAUUUGGGGGGACAAUGGAUGACAUGAAAUAAUUCUCAAAAAUAUGGUCAAUUUACUGCAUGAUAAAAUGUGAAAACAGUGCCUUUUUAGGACAUCAAUUAUAAAAUUAAGUUUUAAGAUAUUAACAAAAGUCUCUUAAACAGUUGUCAUAAACACUAUUGGUUUAUUUUUAAACUAGAUCUAAGUAAAAGCUUAAAUGGCCAAAAGGAUACUUAUUAAUUUAUUUACCUAUUUAAGUUUUGUGCUUAAAUUUAAAAUCUAAGCAGAAUUCUUUAUAAAAUUAAUAGACCAUAGAUAUUACCCAGAGUUACUAAAAUGGAACAGGGACUUUGUUCAGUAAGUUAAGUUUUAUGAAAAUUCAACUCAGCAAGCUUUGAUCAUAGCCAAGUAUACUUGAAGAGGUGAAUUAUUCUGACUUGGACAUGCAUGCUCUUUGAUGGAUAAAAUACUCAAUGUAUUCUUGCAAAAGAAGGUGGAUGGGUGAGUGGGUUUGUUUUAGUGUUCUCAGAUUGUAAAGAUAGCACUUUCAGCACACAUAAGAGUAUUUUACAAACCUAUUUUAUACAGAUUAUGAGCUCUACUUUAUUUAAGUGUUCAUGGAAUGAUGUAAAUUUUAGGUCCAGUUGAAAAAUAUCGAGUGCCUACCAUAUGCAAGACUUCCUCUUCACUAGGAAUGAAAUCACACCGUGUCUUGUUUGCAGUAUGUGAACUUUAUGUUUGAAAAGGAAUUCUUAUAUUUAAAUCUUUUUCUGUUGUUAAUCAUUGUAUAUUGUAACCAAGUAAAUUUUGCAUUCAGUUUUUAAAAAUGAAGAAACAGAGUCCCAUUUUUGAAAAUAAAAUUCUGCAAAAGUUAUUUAAAAAUUAAAUCUGAGGGAAAUUGAUUUUCAAGAAUCAAAUGUAUGAAAACUUAUAUUGAAAUUUUCAGGCUCGUUUUUAAUCAGCUGAUGUUAAUGAUGAGGUACAUACUACUUGUAUCUUGUUGCUGAAAAUAUUUUUUGCAUUUCAACACAUUGAGUUAAAAUAAAGUUGUUACUUAUUCAGAA